AUGGCGCGUCUCGGCCGCGUUGGGUUCCUCGCCCUCGCGGUGGUCUUCCACCUGAUCUAUACAUAUUCGAUCUUCGACAUCUACUUUGUGAGCCCUAUCGUGAGUGGCAUGCGCUCUUAUGGAGUCGACCGCUCCGCUGGCACCAAUCCACCAGCAGAACGCCUAGUCCUCUUUGUCGCCGAUGGCCUGCGCGCCGACAAGGCAUUCCAGGCCUUCCCUGAUCCAUCCCCCGAUGCCCUCGCCGAACAGUCCGAUGAUUUGAUCCGUUUAGCACCCUUUAUCCGCGACAAGGUUCUUUCCCAUGGAACCUUCGGCGUCUCCCACACUCGUGUCCCCACUGAAUCGCGGCCCGGUCAUGUUGCGCUCAUUGCGGGCCUGUACGAGGAUGUCUCGUCGGUCACGACUGGGUGGAAGUUGAACCCGGUCAACUUCGAUAGCGUUUUCAAUCGCAGUCGCCAUACAUGGAGCUGGGGCAGUCCGGAUAUCCUACCGAUGUUUAAGGAGGGCGCGGAACCUGGCCGUGUGGACGCGGAGAUGUAUGCGGAGGAAGCCGAGGACUUCAGUCAGGACGCUACACAUCUGGAUACCUGGGUAUUCGAGAAAGUCCACGAGCUUUUCGAGUCCGCGAAGAGUGACCCAGAGAUCAAUCGGAAACUGCGCGAGGACAAAUUGGUUUUCUUCCUUCAUCUGCUUGGUUUAGACACCACCGGCCACGCAUACAGGCCCUACUCCAAGGAGUACCUCAGUAACAUCAAGGUUGUGGACAAGGGCAUUGAGGCGGUCACCAAGUUGGUAGAGGAGUUUUACGGGGACGAUAAAACCGCAUUCGUUUUCACUGCCGACCAUGGCAUGAACGACAUGGGCAGCCACGGCGACGGUCAUCCAGACAACACGCGCACACCUCUGGUUGUGUGGGGCUCUGGCGUUGCUAAGCCUCAGAUAACCAAGUCGGGAGUUGCCCCUGGCCACGAGGAUGGGUUCUCGUCGGAUUGGGGAUUCGACCACAUCCACCGACAUGAUGUUGCACAGGCUGAUGUCGCGGCUCUUAUGGCGUACCUUGUUGGCGUUGAUUAUCCCGUCAACUCGGUUGGUCAGCUGCCACUGGAUUAUAUUAAUGGUAGCCCGAAAGAAAAAGCAGUGGCGGCUCUUGCAAAUACGCGGGCAGUGCUUGAAAUGUACCGGGUCAAGGAAGAACAGAAGAGGAACGCGGUGCUCCGCUAUGUGCCAUUUGAGCCUCUCUCUGGCGAUGGCGAAACUUCCAUAGAAGGACGCUUUGCAAAUUUGGAAGCUCUUAUUUCAAAUGGGGCUUAUGAGGAGUCUAUUACUUUGUCUUCGGAAUUGCUUGUUGUUGGUCUCGAGGGUCUGCGCUAUCUACAAACGUAUGACUGGCUCUUCCUGCGGACAAUUGUCUCUCUGGGCUACUUGGGCUGGAUUGCCUAUGCUUUGACCACAGUUAUUGACUUGCAUGUCCUGCACGGAACGUCGGACUCUCACCGGACCAUUGCUAGCAUCUCUUUCUUUUCGUCAAUCUUGGUGGCUCUGUUCUCCGUUUUCCUCUACCAGGGCUCCUCAUGGCGGUAUUAUUUCUACGCAUUCUUCCCUGUUUACUUCUGGGAGGAAGUCUUUGCUCGCCGCAAGGCUCUGGUUGCUGGCCGUCAGAUCAUCCUUGGUCAUGUAAACUCAUUUUCAGGGUAUCUGAGCUUUGGAUUACAGGCGUUCGCGUUCAUUGGUGUGCUAGAGGCUCUGGUUCAAUCUUACUUCCAUCGUGAAAUAUUCACUGUCGGUUUCGCCUUGGCUGCUAUCUGGCCUGGGGCCUAUGGGUUUGGGUUUAUUCGCAACCACGUUUUCCUCGCUGCAACGUGGGCGCUGGGCUGCUUAUUGAUGAGUACUUUUACUCUUCUUCCAGUCACUAAAGUGGAGAACAUUGAAGCUAUCACCUAUGGUGGUCUCAUCAUGUUUUUCACCGGUAUUCUAUACCUGUUGUUCGAAGAUGCCAUUCUUGGACACGGCGGCACCGCGCCGAAGGGCUCGAGAUCCAUCGGCCGCCUUGGUUCACGAGUCAUCGUGGGCUUGCAGGUUGGUAUGGUCCUUCUUGCCUUGUUCGUGACACGGUCGAGUGUGACAGCCCUCCAGGCCCGUGAGGGCUUGCCUGUUGGCAAUCAAGUGGUGGGCUGGUUUGUUCUGGGUGAGUACGCCGCUUCAGCUGGUGCCCCCUUCUUAUCUCACCUUUUUGAAAAAACUAAUCAUUUUUCAGUGGCCUCGCUCUCCCUGCCGUUUUUCCACCGAUUCUAUCCGAACAACAACUAUCUCCAUCGUCUCAUGGUCAUUUUCCUGACCUUUUCACCUACUUUUAUUAUUCUUACCAUCUCGUGGGAAGGCUUGUUCUACUUCGUGUUCUGCAUGACCCUCGUAACAUGGGUCCGCCUCGAACACGCUAUCUAUGUUCAUACUGCAGGCCCAAAUCCGGUUCGGUCGCAUGAGCCUGCUACCAAUGGCUCGGCAGCUUCAUCGAAAUCUGCUCCUACAGGCACCGCAACAGUCGACGGACAGACGUACAGCUACCGUGCUCUGACUAUCUCUGAUACCCGCGUUGCACUGUUCUUCUUCUUUCUUCUCCAGUCGGCAUUCUUCAGCACCGGCAAUGUCGCCUCCAUCUCCACUUUCUCUUUAGAGAGUGUUCGCCGCCUCAUCCCCAUCUUCGACCCCUUCGCUCAGGGCGCACUUCUAAUCUUGCAAAUCCUUAUUCCCUUCGCCAUCAUCAGCGCCAAUCUGGGUAUUCUCAAUCGCCGCCUAGAGGUGGCGCCCAGCGCGCUGUUCAUGGUCGUCAUGUCUAUAUCGGACGUGAUGACUCUGAACUUUUUCUACAUGGUGCGCGACGAAGGCUCUUGGCUCGACAUUGGCAUGACCAUUAGCCACUUCUGUAUCGCCAGUGCGCUAUGUACAUUCGUGGCUGGGCUGGAGUUCCUCAGCGAGCAGUUUGUCAGCGGCGUGGAUUUUGGUGCCACUGCUAAUGCGUUGGGCUCUGCUGUUGCACAUGCUGUAAGUGAGUCUGUCGAGUGUGGCCACGAGGCGCCUGCGGAGUCUAGCCCGAGCAAGGGUAAGAGGAACCGUGGUCGCAACAAGGCCACUAAGGUUCAGCAAUAA